GGGAUGAUGAUGAUGAUGAUAAGGUAUGGGUGGCAUUGUAGAUGUGUUCAACCGGCCUUUCUUGUCAGCGCUCUACUCGUCUGCGGUCGUCGCCGUGCAGUGCUAGUCUACUUAGUAGUAGUUAGUGGUGAUGGUCUGGUGGCAAUAUGUCGUCGUGGCUGCUGUUGCGUUUCGGGCACCUUCAGACGACCGGAGAGGGCUGCUGCAUGACAUGCGUUUUUCCACCUGGGGGGAAGUAAAACUAAGAGAACUCGUUUGCAGUAGUGAGAAGAGAUGCCUCGUACCGCCAAUUUGCCCUGGGAGAAGGUUUAAUAAUAACCCGAAAGAACGAUGCUCUGGAUGAUGACGCCGCGGAGGCGUUUGAUUGGAUUUGGGGGCGGCGA